AAAAAUGGCAUCACUGUUUACUCUGUUUGAUGAGUACUAAAUAAAUUUUAACACGAAUGUCAUUUGCGUUGGAAUUUCAAAGCAAAGUGGACCUGUUUUCGCGGUGUUGAUUUGAAAAACGCGUGGUAAAUUGUGCUGUAAAUGAGAUUCUAAAUUGGAUAUUUUUAAUUAGAAGUGAAAGGAGACAAUCAUGAUUGCAAAAGAUAUGGCACAAAUGAAAUCACUGGCGAUAAAACUAUUUGAGAUAAAUGCAUUCAAAUUUGGCGAUUUUAAAAUGAAAGUCGGUAUAAAUUCGCCAGUUUAUUUUGAUUUACGGGUCAUCGUUAGUUUUCCAGAAGUAAUGCAAACAGUCUCGGAUUUGUUGGUAUCAUAUAUCAAAGAGCAACAGCUGACAGCGAAGCAUGUGUGCGGUGUGCCGUACACAGCGCUGCCUUUGGCAACACUUGUCUCUGUUCAACAGAAUACGCCAAUGCUUGUGAGGCGCAAAGAAGCCAAAAACUAUGGUACAAAAAAAAUAAUUGAAGGAAUUUUUAAUGCUGGAGAUACGUGUCUCAUUGUUGAAGAUGUAGUUACAUCUGGAUCAAGUAUUCUAGAUACUGUUAACGAUCUUACACGUGAGGGCAUUGUCGUAACAGACGCUGUAGUUGUUGUUGAUCGGGAACAAGGCGGAGCUGGUAACAUUGCUAAACAUUCUGUGCGUAUGCACUCACUAUUCACGUUAUCGUUUUUACUGAACACUUUGCUUGAAGCUGGAAAAAUUGAACGAGACACCGUGGAUGCGGUAGCAAAAUAUAUAGCGGCAUGUCAGAUCAAUAGCGAUGGAACUUUUGCAAACGACAAGCCACAAGUUGUUAAUGAUUUUGUUCGCACAAGAAUGCCUUACGAAAGUCGUGCCAACUUGGCUAAGUGUGAACUAGCAAAGCAACUCUUCCUUUUGAUGUCCACCAAGAAGACAAAUUUAUGCCUGGCAGCCGAUUUAACAAAAUGUGAGGAAAUUUUGGAUGUUGCCGAGAAAUGUGGGCCAUAUAUAUGUGUGCUUAAAACACAUAUAGAUAUAGUAGAAGAUUUUAGUCAGGAUUUGAUAAGGCAACUUCAAAAUUUGGCAAAGAAACACAAUUUCUUAAUAAUGGAAGAUCGUAAGUUUGCUGAUAUAGCCAAUACAGUGUCACAUCAAUACAGAGAUGGUAUAUAUAGAAUCUCUGAAUGGGCUGAUUUAGUAACAGCGCAUUCUUUGUCUGGUAGAAGCAUAUUAGUUGGACUUAAAGCUGGUGUCACUACGGCGGAUAGUAAAAAUCGUGGUGUUUUUCUUUUGGGAGAAAUGUCUGCACCAGGAAAUUUGAUUGAUGACAAAUAUAAGGAAACAACAAGCAAAAUUGCAACGGAAGGCAGUUUUGUUGACUUCGUGGCUGGAGUUGUUUGCCAGUCAAAAGAAUGUUUUUCGUUUCCUGGCUUAAUACAGUUAACACCAGGAGUUAAAAUUGAUGAAACAAGUGAUAAAUUAGGGCAACAAUACAACACACCCGAGCAUGUAAUAAAAGAUAAGGGCGGUGAUAUUGGUGUUGUAGGAAGGGGCAUUUUACAAGCGAAAUGUAUUGAAACCGCUGCUGCAUUGUAUCGAGAUCGACUUUGGGCCGCAUACAUAGACCGAGUUGCCAAGUAAGUCUUUACUUUCGUAUAAAACGAAAUAUUUCUAUUUCUCGUGAUUUUUUUGAUGCUAAUAUAUACAUUUCAAAAUCAAAUAUGAAAAGGUUUA